CUUAACAAAUAUAUAAGUUGAGUAAGUUCCAACCUUCUCCUCCCACUCGCUAGUAGCCGGAUCAGAACUGCCAGAAAACAAAAAAAUAGAGGAGAGAAAUGGAAGGUGUAAGUUUGUCAAAGUCAUUAUUUCUUGAGUUGGCUGUGAUGAUUUGUGUGCUGGGAGUUCUGGGGAGGUCAGUAAUGGCGCAAGACAAAUCGAAGCUGACUUUAGAUUACUACGAUAAAUCGUGCCCAAAUGCGCAGCCGAUUGUGCGCAAGGAAAUGGAUUGUGCCGUGCGUGAAAAUCCGCGCAAUGCAGCCGCAAUCCUUCGGCUUCAUUUUCAUGACUGUUUUGUUCAGGGUUGUGAUGGAUCUGUACUCCUGGAAGACACAGCCACGCUGACAGGAGAGAAAACAGCAUCUCAAAACGUCAACUCUCUCAUCGGUUUCCAUCUCGUAGAUCGCAUCAAGACCCAGCUCGAAGGAGAAUGCCCAGGAGUUGUUUCAUGUGCCGAUCUCCUUGCUAUAGCAGCACGAGAUGCAGUCCUUUUGGUUGGUGGACCUUAUUGGGACGUGCCAGUCGGGCGGCUCGACUCAAAAACUGCAAGCUUGGAGCUUGCAAAUAUCGAUAUCCCCAACCCAAAUCAGAACCUUGUCGCCCUCAUAUCCAAGUUCAUUAGCAAAGGUCUAUCACCACAGGACAUGGUGGCUCUUGUAGGUUCGCACACAAUAGGCAUGGCAAGGUGUUUGAAUUUUAGAGAUAGGAUCUAUGGAGACUUUGCAGCCACAUCACAACCAAACCUGGGCUCCCUUGCCUACCUCAAUAAGCUGCAAUCAAUCUGCCCUGAGAGUGGACAUGACAGCAAGAUCUCCCCAAUGGACUAUGUAAGUCCAAACGUGUUCGACAAUGUGUUCUUCGAAUCUUUGCUAAAAGGCGAGGGGCUGCUGAAUUCAGACCAGGAGAUGUACUCGAGCCUCGUCGGAUUCGAGACCGCCGACCUCGUAAAGACUUACUCUAUGGAUCCUCUGAUCUUCUUCAAACACUUCUCUGAUGCUAUGGUAAAGAUGGGAAACAUUACCAAUCCGGAAGGAGGAGAAGUAAGAACGAAUUGCAGGUAUGUCAACACAUGAGCCCUAAGAGGAAGACAAUGGGGGGCAUUGAGUUGUUCAUCUGAUGAAUUGUAUUUCAACUUAAUGUGACAAUAACAGGUAUGGGGGGGGUUUGUAUAAGAAUAUAGAGAUAUAUUGAU